AUGAAUAAACAUACCGAAUAUCGAGCACCAAAAGAGAAUUUUCAAUUUUCCCCAUCAAAGACCAAAAAUUCAACCCACUGCAAAGAUCGUCUUCAACAAGACUACGCCUUCUCUCUGCGCCUCCACACCCUCUGAUUCUGUGUGCUUUUCUGAAUAGGCAUCUUACAUCGGGAAAAUGGCUGAUGAUGAUGAUUUCACCUUUUGUCCUGCUGGGCCACCUCUAGAUGGUUUUGCAACUGAGAAAGCUUCUGAUGCUGUUAGUCAGAUUCGUAUAGAUGAUAGUGAGAAUACGGCGGAUAGGAGUAGUAAGGAGAAUAGUGGUAGCAUAUGGAAAGUGAAUGCUUCGUCACGGAAGCAGGAAGCUGUUGGUUCUCUCUCCUUUAAUGUAAUUGAUGCGUCAUCUCGUGGGGCAGUGCAGCAAAGCUCCAAACAGCCUAUACAAGAGGGUGCUGGAAGUUCAUCUAAGGCUUCAGUGGAAUUAAAGGCUCCUUCCAGGAAGCCUGCAACUCGUACUAAGGUUCCUUUUGAGAAGGGAUAUAGUCAAAUGGACUGGCUUAAACUUACCAGAACACACCCUGACCUAGCAGGAUUGAAGGGACAGUCAAAUAAGAGACUCAUAUCACUAAAUGAAGUUAAACAACAUCAGUCCGAAGGCUCCAUGUGGACUGUUCUAAAAGGUCGUGUCUACAAUAUUGCACCAUAUAUGAAGUUCCAUCCUGGAGGUGUGGAUUUCCUGAUGAAGGCUGUUGGAAAAGAUUGCACAUCUUUAUUCAACAAAUACCAUGCUUGGGUUAAUGCAGAGUUCUUGAUUGAGAAAUGCCUAGUUGGUAUUUUGGACGAAGGAAAAUGAAGAUGCUCACAUUUUCACAAAAAGAAGUUUCAAUUCUCUGUAACCAUUCCGAUCUUGACAUCUCAUGCUUAUCACCUGGAAGUUUCACUUCUCUGAAGGCCUAUGUAUUUCGUUAUGUUCCAACGGAGCAAUAGAUAAUAUAUAAACAGAAAGAAAAAAAUGAAAUAAAGGAGGAAAAUGUAUCAGCCCCUCCUGCCAAGCUGUAGAAUAAAUUCUUGAUGGUGACUGAGUUCAAUUUGUUUGUUAGUCCAUUACCUAUUUUCUUCCUAACAUUCCAAUAUCAACCGGGUUGAUUUGUAUUUGUAGGUGAUUUUUGUGUAUUCGACAAUGUCCUGGCAGUGAUUAUAUUCUUUUCUCA